GUUAUUUGCAAAAAUUAAAUUUUAAAGAAAAAUAUUAAUUUAACUAGUUUUACUUGCUUUUAUCAUCUUUUAAAUAACAUUUAAUGUAAUCUUUCUAUUGGCUCAAGUCAGUGCUACAUGCUUAAUGCAGUUAUAAAGUGUAGAAAAGGAAAAUAAUUGAAAUACAGAAAUCAUGAAAAGUUAUAGAAAUUUCUCGCCAGAUCUUGAGGAAUCAAGCAGCAGUGAUGAACAUACUAAUUUUGAAGAUAGACGACGGAUAUUUCGGAAACAAAUUAAUGCUAAAACGAGAACAAAUUUAACAAAAAUUCAGACAAUUCCAUCGUUGAAUUUAGCAAAGCUGAAUAUAGCAGGAAACUCACAAGAUGGCAAUAAUCAGGAACGCAUUACAUUACUAGUUGAUGAUACACGAUUUAUAAUUGAUCCAAGUCUUUUAAUUCAACAUCCAAACUCGUUGUUAGGAAGAAUGUUCUCAUCUGGAAUUGAAUGGCAAGUUCCAAAUGAUAGAGGUGAAUAUGAGGUUGCUGACGGACUUUCAUCGACUGUAUUCCGAGCAAUCCUAGACUAUUAUAAAUGUGGAUAUAUUAAAUGUCCAAGUGGUGUGUCUGUGCAAGAAUUAAGAGAAGCUUGUGACUAUUUGAUGGUUCCUUUUGAUGCACAAACAAUUAGAUGUCAAAAUUUGAGAGGCUUGUUGCAUGAACUAUCUAAUGAAGGCGCUAGAUUACAAUUUGAAGCAUUUCUUGAGGAAUUACUAAUGCCAUUAAUGGUUAAUAGCGCUCAACGAGGAGACCGGGAAUGUCACAUAGUUGUAUUAUUAGAAGAUGAUUUUAUAGAAUGGGAUACUGACUAUCCACCAACUACACAGAUGAUGGGCGAGGAAUAUAGCCAGGCAGUUACAAGCAAUGCAAUGUAUAGAUUCUUUAAAUAUAUUGAAAACAGAGAAGUUGCAAAAUUAGUCUUAAAAGAUCGUGGAUUGAAGAAGAUUCGCUUAGGAAUUGAAGGAUGGCCAACAUACAAGGAAAAGAUCAAAAAACGUCCAGACGGGAAAGCUGAAGUGAUUUACAAUUAUGUCCAAAGACCAUUCAUUCACAUGAGUUGGGAAAAGGAAGAAGCAAAAAGUCGUCAUGUCGAUUUUCAAUGUGUCAAAUCGAAAUCAGUCACGAACCUUGCUGAAGCCACAGCAGAUCCACUAAUCGAGAAUCAUAAUCUGGAUGCAUCAAAUAAUAUUGAAGUUAUUGAAGUUUCACAGAGAAAUGAAGCAGAUGAAGUUCUAAACAAUGAGAAUCGAGCAGGUGAAGAAUUUGUGGAUGACGGCAACUUUGUGCAGCCGGCUGCUCAAGGCGAAUAAAUUAUAUAUUCUAAUAAAAAUUACUUUUUUUAUGAUAUUCCUGAAAUUAAAGCUAUUAAGAC